UUAAUGAUGGAUGCGUAGAUUAAUAACGUCUAGGACUUCCCCGCAUAGUGUCGGUCUUGAAGUUUUUGUGCCAUGGCUGCAACCCAACUACACGUAUGGACAACAAGUAUAUAGGCCCUAGCAGCUGACGAAAAGCUCAAGAUUCUACAGGAUGGCUCAAGAAACGAGAGACAAGGGCUUCAUCGAGCUUGAGGUGGGAGAGGUUUAUCUUCUUAUGAAGGAGGAGUAUCGCAUCUCCAGGAAUAUCCGUGCCUCCUGGUUCUUCGGAAAUCUCAACAAGGAAAUCAAGGUCAAGUCUGACCAAGACCUGAUCAAUUCCAAGGAAGAGCUUGAGGUCUUGUCCAUCAUUCCCAGAGUCAGCCCAGACAAACUCCCAGCUGAUGUGCCAAUCCGAUACAAGUUGGUUCCAAGCAGUCAUGUGACCUUCCUGGCCAGACGCUAUCGGCACGUUAUAGUGAUGGACCUCAGUCCGUCAAUGGCCACUGUCGAUGCCCAGUCUGGUCGAGUUAGUCUCCAAGAUCUCUUCAGGUGCAUCAGUAACUGUCUACAGGGGUUGGUCAAGCCGUUUUCAGUUCCAGGAAGCUCUUUACUGCUGUCGCCUAAGAUCUAUGUCACUGUUAUUGCAUAUACCCCUCUGGCCUCACUCACCACACAGCAGGUAUUGUUCCAAGGAUGUUUGUUGACUCAGGACAACCUGUCAUCGUUCCUAGAUCAGCUACAAGAAGAACUGGAGGAGUUUGAAAACAAACUUGUUGACAACAUGUUUGCAAGUCAGGUCAAUGGAAAUCCCAACACAACCUUCGACCUGGACCACCCCAACAUAUUUGAUGACAUCGUCGAGCCGGGUGGCCUGUCUUCGUCUUCCGCCUCGCAGCGACCAGAGACAGAGGCCCAGGAGAUGGCAAGUCCUGAGGCGUGCUUCGUGAACAUGCUGUGGUGCGGCAUCCUGGCAUUGCAGCUGCUGCCAGAGAACACCAGUGCAGGAAUCAUAUGCGUGACUGAUGGCGUCACGGCAAUGCCGGACAUGGCCUCCACCACCCACCUACUGACGCAGAUGAGGAACAGCACAGUGGCCUGCUCCUUCCUCCAAGUUGGCAAGGGCUUCCACCCCCACUGCAGCUUCGGCUACAUUCCGCACACCGAGAUCAUGCAGUUCAUCGCCACGGCCACCUUUGGUGCAUUCCUGUCUAAGUGCCCCAAAAUAAAUUCCAAUAAGAUAGGGAUGAACCAGUACCACAAAGCGUUCCUGUCCUGGAAUUUUCAGAAAGGCCUGGAUGGAAUCAAGAUAGAUUACAUCAAAGGGAGACAGCAUCAAGUCAUUUCUUCAGAAGUAGCCUGUCAGACAGAAGGCAUCCAGCUUCCGGCUCCCUUUGCCGUCAACAAGCAAGGCCUGUGCACCAUUCCCCUGAUCAGGAAGAAGCACCGAGACUACAAGCUGCACACCAGCCUGGCCAAUGUACUGUCCGUCCGACUCAGGGAGGGCUACACCAUCAAAGACGUGGCACUCACCAAAAAUGAUAAACAGAUCGAGGUGAAGUUGGCACUCCCCUGGAAAUACAACGGCAGGAUAGAGUACAUAGCCUCAUCAGCAUGGCCUCUGAACCCUAACAGGCAUUUGACCAAUGUGGAUGUUAUCAUGGAGGGGAGCUAUGAGUUCCUUCACGAUUUGACGUGUCGCAUGAAGAAGAGCCCCCACAACGCCUAUCGCACCAGGGUGGUCAUGAAUUUCUGGCAGACGCUGCGAAGCCUUCAGGAGACUGACCAGCUCCUGGUCCAUCUCCAGUCCUUCUCCACCAACUCUAUCUACUACACCGUGCCAGACGGCAUCAAGAAAGGCAUCCCACUUCUCUACAUGCCUCCUUACUCGGAGACGCCAGUCCUGGCCCAGAAAUUUGACAGCAAGGACUCAAGUCUGGAACAGUUUGCAGGAUUCUGGAAGAGGAUAUCGCUCAUGGAACCCAAGAAAUGGCAGAGAUGGUUACACACCCACAGAAUUGCUCUUUUGUUGGUCCCAGAUAUGCCCCUGCCCAAGCACCUGUUCCUGCCCAACAGCAACGGCCGCUACAACAACAUCCAGAGCCGCGUGGCCCAGAAGGAGCUCAACUCCCUCUUGACGGAAUUCAGCACCUUCACGCUGCUGGAGAACCACAGCUACAUCACGCUCACAUCGACGGACGGCAGCAGCUCUCCAACAUCCUUCUAUCUGAUCAGGGUUCAGUCCAAAGCACCCUGCGUGGUCAUCAGACUGGCCUUCCUUGGAGGAACAUCGGGACACGAGAGGAACAAGAUCGUGAGUGAGCUGAGGCACAAAUUACAAGACCUGACAGUCCCCACUAGGCAGACGGGUUACCUCAAGGCCAGCACCAGCCAGCGCAAGUCGGCCGUCUCUAAGAUAGCCGCGGCAGCCAAGGGCAAGCCGGCCCAGCAGGAGCAGAAGCAGACCACGGACAAGUCCUGCGUCGUCAUACUGGCGAGGCCUAUUGACAUCAUCCUGGUCAAGUAUGAGAGGAUGCCUCCAGAUUUCACCGACCUGAAGACCUCCAUCCGAGUUACAACAGGCUCGGUGCCAGUCUACAUGGACAGCAAAGGCCCCAUCAAGGACCUGAAUCGACUGGCCUGCUACCUUCACCACCACCGCUGGAUAUGGGAUGCCCAGAAUGACCACAGCCCACCUAUUUCCACGGAGGCCGUGGCCCACGUCUUGUCUGUCCUCACAGAUUUGAGGCUUCAGGAGGGCUUCCAUUUCUCCUACUCCAACUCUGGAAUCAUCAGUUUUGUUACCGAGCUUAAGAUGAAGAAUCCCAUGAAGUCAGGGAGUCAGGAUCUGUUCCCAGCUUUCACCCAGGCCCAAACGCCGGCUGGUUCCAAGCCCACAGCAGACCAGGUGGACAUGGAUCUGGACACCGUGGCUGACGGGGCAACAGACACAGUGACGGACGAGGCAGGGGACGAUGUGUUCCCUUGCCUGGUGCAGUACAUCGUGUUUCCGCCACACACAGCAACAUACUGCAUGGACCGGACUACAGGGGGGUCCAACCACCCUGAUUUGGAGCCACUAGAUGACCAGGACACGGCCGAGGCAGAUGGCCGGCUGCAGCUGGUGACAGAGUGCUGGGUGGAACCCCAGAGCGGCAUGGCAUGCGACGUGCCCAGCGAGAGGGACCACUUCCAGAACUGCAGCUACAAGGAUGUGCCGCAAGUGUUGUUCCCCUUGGACCAGGAGGUCAUCUCCACCCUGCUGACCUUCGAGCACCUCAAGAUCUUGUGCCACGACCAAGGCAUCCUGGCGCCCGUGCCACACCCCUCAACAGAUACAAUUGGGGAGACCCUGCGGCUGAGCGAGUCCAUCACCCACCUGCCGUACUCCUUGGAGUUGCUGAAGCUUCUGCCCAAGUGCCAGCAGGCAGAGGUCUUGUGCUCAACGUACAUCGAAGAACCAUUGUCCAAGAAUAGUCCUGAUGACUCCUUUCCGAGACCACACUUUCCACGCUACCCGAAACCAAACAACACUCUCUACUGUCUCCUCUUGACGGCCCUGUCCAAGAUGACCGGUCACGAGCUUACCCUCUCAGAGGAGGACGGUCUGAAAUUCGUGAACAUGGUCUUGAACAGGAGCCGUGACGGCAACAGCAACCCAGCCCCGUUCGAGCUACCUGACUCAGAUUUCGAGGCCUUGAUGAAGAGAGCCGUGCUGAGGCCAAAGAGUGACCCAGGCCGGACAACAAGCCUGGCCACAGAGCUCUCUGAUUCACUGUCCAGCACCCAGCCAGAGGCUUGGCAGCAGGCCUUGAAGGAGGGACAGGCACUGCGGGAGAGCCCGGUGCCGAGGUGGACUUGCUUUGUCAAGGACGCGGUGCGCGCCAGUGACGCCGACAAGGAUGUCAAGCCCAGCUCGCACCUGCUGCUGACCUUCGUGCCGGCCAGCUACGGUGACCUCCAGAAGCUGAUGGAGCUCGGGAAGGUCAAAGACCAGGACGGAAACCAGGACAGCAGUGGGAAACUGGACGCGAGUGCCAAAGUCAUGGAUUCCAGGAGCUCAUCCACCAUACCUCCCCAGGAGACUACCCCAGCAUCUGAUGGGUUAACCAUGUCCGAGGAACAAGACUUGACAUCAGGAGCUUGUGUAGAUGAUUCUCAAUACAGUGAAGACCAGCCUGAUUCUCGAAUGAGUCCUGAUCCCUCGGAUGUCAAGCAUGGUCUCACCCUGCCGAUAUAUGUCUAUGACUGCUCCCUCUCCUCUCUCCGACACCAGCUCCUGAAGACAGAGGACCAUGAGGUGCCUACAGAUGUCUUCCAGGACCUCACUUUUGCCUCACUGGAGGCCCAGAUCCCGGCUUUUGUAGGCUCCCAGACCUCCUCCAGGAGUGGCUCGGGCACCCCCCGGGCGUCCCUCUCCCGGCACUCCUCUCGGGGGCACCUGGAACAGGUCGCUGGGGCCCCAGCCGACCGAAGCCUCAGCAGGGGCCAGCCCAGCAAGACCCUGGGCCGGUUCUGCACCCAGCUGGGCGAGAAGAUCAGCAAGUACUUUGUGAUGGGCAUCUUCAAGGGUCUUCAGCGCGGGCAGUACGUUGAUGCUCAGGAUGUGCAGAUGGCGCUAGACUUCAUCUGUGUAGAGUCGCUACAUGACAUUGACAUCACCCAUUUUCUUCAUGCAGUUUGUGGACAUAUCAGAAAGUAUAGUGAAAAGCUCAAUAUUGAGCAACAAGCUAGCGAUCUCUUGACCAAGAAGAUCAAGUUUGCUGACCAGGUCCAGGUUGACAUUGACGAGGACGAUAAUGAUGCUGAAGAGACAACAACUCGGUCUCACGCCAAGACCAAAUCUUUGCCCAGGCCCAGCAAGCCGUCGCUGUCCAAGGCAUCGCGGCAGUCCGUCAAAAUUCCGCUCUCUGCGCUCCGGUCUGCCAGGCCUUGCCCAACGGGAACCAACGACCUGCACAAACUCAUCCAGAGGACGUUCACGCAGGUCAUGGGCAACCACUUCCAGCCUGUGCCCUCCAAUCCCGACAUAUGGUUCUUCCGUCAGCCUGAGUUUCAGGAGAUGGAUUUGAUUUUCCAAGAAGCCGAUGAUGACGGCAGAUCGGACUGUGAGAUCUUGUCAGUUGAGCCAGAAAAACUUCACACCACCAGUAUACCAGAAGAAAUCACAUCGGAACAAAUGAGCGUUACCAGUUACACCUCAGAAAAUGAAGAGAUUCCCGUGCCGGAGAACAAGAUCAACUCCAUCGUGGAUGUCUACCAGUCGUCGCUGCGGCAAGGGAAGAAGAACUCGCUGGGUGAGACUGCCGACGAACAGAGCACCUCGACCGAGUCCUUGAUGGGCAGCUACGAAGAGGAGAUGUCACCCCUGUUUGUGCACUUGGUAUGCUCCGUCAAGCUGAAGAAUAAUGUUGGAAACAUGUCCAAGAGGACUCUACCAACAUGCUUAGGGCAUCUCAUCGACUGCCUGGAAAGCCCCCCGGAGGAAGAGAUUGACCCGGCCGACCUGUCGGUUACCCUAGACCUCAUCUGCCUGACCUUGCCGUCGGAGCUAGACGAAGCCCAGGCAGACACCGACGAGGUCUUUGCUGACCGGCGUCGGGAGGUGUCCACAACGGAAUCAACGCCGCCCCAGUCCCCACAACCCCAAUGCAACAGCCCGUCUCUCCUCUCCCUGGGCCGGGGCCGCGAGCUGUCCGAAUUUGAUGAAGAAGUGGACAGCCACGGGCUGGACUCAGAAGGACUUGGCAGUCUGCCAGAGCCCCAGAUCAUGGCGAUCAAAAAAACAAAAGAAGAGAUCAAGUGGCUGCUGGAGGACGAGAUUGCUUCCGCCAAGCACCACAUCUUUCCGGUUACCGUGGAAACCUUGGACAUGGUGGCGCAGCACGUCAGGGUUUCCUACCCGUCCAAGCCGUCAUGCAAGGCAGCCGAGAUCCCUCUCCAGUUUGUCUUCGGACCAGAGCAGAGCCUUGCCCAGUUCACAGAGGAGCUUGAGCGGACGGACAUCCCUGGUUGUGAGUUGUGUAAGGUUGGCCAUUACUACCAUCUCAUGUACGACCAGACCCACAUUGACAACACUAUGCGCAACCAAGCCAUUCAGAGCGCCUUGGAGAAUCUCGGGGAGCAAGAGCCUCAUCGCCUGGUGGGUGGAGAAACCCCCACGCCCACCGCUGGCGAACAGAGAACCGUAGGCCGCAACUUCCAAACCACAACGAUAAUUUGCACACCACCCUCGCCUUGCAAAGCCAUCAGUGAGCCUUUUGAGGGAACUGGUGUUGAGGGUCAGAAGGAUGGUGUCGGAAAUUUCAUUGAAACAGCUGAUAGAGGAGCAGAAGCAGAGAAAUUGAAGGAAGCAGCGAGAGACGAGGACAGGAUGAGGGAUGGCGAGGAUAACGCUUCCGGGAGCAGUGACAGUUCCAUCCAGGUGUUGGCAGACGAGCACGAUGGUGAUGUCCUCGGUCAUCAGAGUGCUGUUGCUGUCACUCAAAGUGAAGGCCUGCUCCAUGAUAGUAGAGUUGUGGUGGAGUCAGCCAGCCAGCCUGAUCCAUCUGAGGAACCCGGAGGAGCAAAGAUACAGGCCAGUGGGGAGGUGGAGGAGGGAGAGGAUGGCAGUAGCCUGCAGCGCAACUCGACAAGUUUCAUUGUCCUGUCACAGGUGGGUGGCUCACAGUCCGAGCCCCUUCAGCUGGCAGAAAUGAGCUACUCAGACACUGACGUGACUGGGGCCAACAGGGAACACCUGACAGUGGGUGAUCACAGGGAUAGCCGCAGCCACAGCUCAACUUCCAGUACCAGCACCGUGACCCUGACCCACAAGUUGGACUCGGGUAUGUUGCUCGGUGAAGAUGACGCCAGCCUCUCAGCUCCAGAGGAACGGGACAGACCUCUCACUGGCUCAGACUCGGCCGGGACCGGCGAUCACCCGCCCUCCGCAACACUUCAGCAAGACUCGGCCAUGCCAAAUCCCCCACAGAGAACCUCCAGUCAGAGCUCAGAGUCAGACGUCGUGCCUCUGGUCGGGAGGAAGCCGCUCAUGCUGAUGUCGGCUGCUUCCAGCGGUCCGCCUAGUUCUCAGAUCAGCUACACAGGAAGCUUGAAUGACAACGAUGAAGAAGGAUAUGAGGGAGGCUCUAGUGACUUGGAGCUGGACGAUGCCCAAGAGCUUUCGUCGGAGUGGUCCAGACGAAGGCAGCUCAUGCCCGACUUCUGGCUCAUCCUGCGCAUCCACACGGACCGCGUUGAGAUAUUCUACCAUUCCAGAGAUCACGAUGAUUUCAACAAUGGUGUCGGUGAGCAGUUAUAUGGGCAAGUCACGGAUACCAUCAGGAAUACUUGUAGAACAGUAAACCAGCGAUUACUGCUUCAAGACCUCUACAAGACCCACUCCUGCAAGUCCAUCCUCUUUGGGGAGAGUGACGAGGACGCCUGGCAGAGUGAAGAUCCCAUCCACUUCAGGAUUGGCAAGCCUUCACUGGAUGAUGAUGAGGAUGACAUUGACCAAGCUCAGAAGGACUACCUGGUCGCCGCCAUGGAAUUCAACCCUGGCCACUUUGCCUGCGACCUGAUGUGGAACACUCACCUCAGCAUCCAUGCCAGGCUGUACACGGGACACAGGGGAGGGAGUUCCUCACCGGGCAUGCAAGCUCUAAUCUCAGCACUGAGCGCCUUUGCCGUCUCCAACCGCCGCAAUAUGUUUGUAUUCAGAGAGACAUCAGGAGGCGUGUUCUAUCUCAGACUGUUCGACAGCACAAUAGUCAGCUACUCAACCAACAUUUCAAGGGUUAACUCAGCCGCCGACACAGGGCACCAUUACGAGCCAGGCUCCCAACCUGUGAGUCGUGCCACGUCAGUGCAAUCUUUGAACACGCUGGGGAUGGGGUCAGUCUUUGAGGAGGAGUUGUCCUCUACCCAAAGCCACAUGUCCGAUUCGCGCAAAGUCAGUACCACGGACUCUGGACUAGACAGCAUGUCUACCCUGUCCCGAGCCACGGGCCCGGGCCGGACGGAGCACACCAUCCGACUGGACGUUCAUGGGGUGGACCCCCCGGGGCCGGAGAUCCGGGAGGACUUGGUGGAGUUGCUGAGGAACCGACUGGCGGAGGCCACGCUGGACGUGAUAUCGGUCAUGCUAGACAGGAACCCGAUGUGUAAACUAACGCCGCAUGACAUCCAGUUUGUCCAGCCCCUCACCAAACCCCCCACCGAAACCCUCCACUUCACCAUCCCUCAGACGGCCCGGCCCCACCUCUUCUCCCUGGCCUUCUACCUGGGCCAGAACCUGCGGCAGUUCCUUCACUUGCCCAAGUACAGCAGCCCCAGGGCGGAGGAUCACUUCCAGGACUAUGUCAGCAGCAGCGGUGGUGGUGGGGAGAGAGAGAAGGGGAUUGAGCUGCCAGAGAACGAGGCCUAUCUGUAUAACAGGCCGGAGAGGGCGGGACGAACAGGCAUUGGCAUCGCCUGUAUAUCCAUGGGGCUGGUGGAUGGUCGAGGCAACCCUGUUUCUCUUCACAGCUGCCCUCGGCCAUCCCCUGUAGCUCACAUGGAGCUCCAGGACACGUUGGAUUUUGUCUCCUGGACACGGACAGAGAGGUAUUACAUGGGCCCAGAGUCACAACGGAAACCAGGGCCCACGGCCCUCAUCCAGUUUGCCAUCUGGCAGAGGGGGAACAUUGACCUGCCCCAUCUCACCAAUCGCCUCAAGAGGGCAGUGCAGCACAGCCUGUGCGACGUGGUCAUGGAGUAUUGCGUCCUGACGGCCCCCAUGGGUACCCUGCCUCAGCUCCGACAGCUCAGUCUGACGCCGUUCUCAUCCCCUGCCAAGGUCGGAGAAACAGAGGCGGGCGGUGCCCAGCCUGACGUUACCCCCUCCAAGGGAGUCAGACAGCUGUUCAAGGAUUGCAGUGAGGACAAAGUGAAGGACGUCGAGAGGUCAUCACCGGUCAGCGUCAAGCGCUCGUUGUCCAUGGGGGAAACUCCCAUGUACUUUGCCAGCGAUAUAAGACAAUUCAUGAGGCGAAUGCAAAAGAGGGUUUCACCGGGCCCUGCACCGGAAAGUCCCUUUACCAGUUUCUUCUCCUUCUGGUCCUCGCACCAGCGAUCUCAGUCAGUGUCAUCCAGCAUUACUAACAGCGACGGCAUGUCUCGUGUCAAGAAGCAGCGCAGCCUGGAGCAGAAGGAGGAGAAGAGCUGCUCCUCGGGAUCCCAGCCCUCAACGCCGGUCAAGAUCAAGGCCAAGGACCCAAGUCCCAAGACCAAGGAGAGUGGACAUAUGACCAGGGAUAUGCCGGGUUGGCAGGCCCAGGAGUUGGAGCGGCGUCAAGACGAAGCCCUGAGACAGCGCCAGCGCGACGCGGAGGAGGGGAAAGUAGGCAUGCUGCACACAUUCUUCAGGGACGUGGGAUUCACAUGGAUGGACUACGAACACAGCCUCGAUGUCCCUACCAUUCACAAAGUCACGGAGGAACUCUCCAGCCGAUUUUCUCUGGGACCAGUCGUCAACGAGCUUCUAACUAAGCUGCCAUCCAUAUGCGCUGACCUGACAACCAAGGUGUACAGAGACGAUGGAACCCAUUACCAGCUGUGGGCUACCGCAGACCCAAAGGAGAGCAAGUCCCAGGAAAAAUUGACCAAAGACCAGACCCCGUUGGCUAAAGCCAGCUUCAAAAAACUGUUGCCAGGGAAAUCGGAGAAUUAUGUGCUGAUCGGUCGGAACAUCCGUCAGUGGCGUUACAGCUUGGAUAACCCUUCCCCAGAAGAUCUGGUGGACGUGCCCUCGUUGGUCAACCCAUCUUCACAUAAGAGCUACCAGCGUUUCAAGCCCCUGGAUCUGAACAGCUACAGUUCCUCAGAGAAGUUGAGUGAGAGGGAUUUGAACCCCCUGACCAGUCUGAUGGGACGAUCUCAGGGCCUCCACCUGGUGCCCAGACAGCGUCUCCUCCUGAUGCAAGUCAUCGACAAGAAGAUUACGCUGUUUGUUUACAACUGGUCCAGUGAGCUGAUGGACAGCCUAAAGACCAUGCUUCACCGCCUGGUCAUGUGGCAUAACUCGCGCUCCCAUCUUCUGGACUGUCUCGUCAGUCAGAAGAUGGGGCUCUUCAAUCACACCUACUUUGGCAAGAACAAGUUGAAAGGGAAUCCAUUCUGUCGUUCCCUGGAGGAGAUCGAGUCACUGGUCAAGUACACCGUCCCACCCCAGAGGGAGUUCUUAUCACGGAUGCCAGUCACCGCCCCCAAGUCGGCCCGCCGUCUCCACCGCAGCCUGCCGCCCUUCGACGAGACCCUUCGCAACGCCAAAGUCAGGCGUCCCCUCCACCGGAGCAACUACGGGGUGGCCAAGGACCCUGUGGUUAGGCAAGGAGCGCAUAUGUUGGAAGGCUGUGUCGUCGCUAAGAAAGAAACCGAGAUGCUGAAGAAACUAGAGAACCUGUACUUGACUUGGCAGAAGAGAGGCACCCAGACGACCCAACCAGUCGCUAGGGAGACCCUAGACCUUUUGAAGCUGUCCUCCCGUAUCGUUCACUACUGUGCCACCCCCCUGCUCUUCAGUACGCUCUGGCGCCACCUGGUCAUGGGCGUCGGUUCAGAUGACGCCGGCCAGUCUGCCCCUUCGCCCCCCGUGGGUGGAACUGCGGCCGAGGAGGCCUGGCAUAUGGACCUCCGGUCCUCCUUCCUGCAGCAGUACGUGCAGUGUCUACAGAAGUUGGGCCUGACACCAGUGGAGACCAAAGUGUCGUCGCCCAGACAGAUGAUCAAAACAGUCCGGCAUAAGGAGCCCAUACGGAGCCAGAGUCCUGUCCACAGGAAGUCCUCCACCACAGCGUCCGCAUCACAGCAUCUGCAGGUGACCUCCGCCGGUGGCAUCAUUCUCAUAGAGCUUUCAUUCCAGCAUGCUUACUUCUGUGUGAAGAUCUUUGCCUUUGAGAGUUCUCGAGUACCAGCUGGGGAGGACAUUAAUCAACAGCUUGCCAAGUUAUUUACGGAUGACUGCGACCAGUACAAGGACCUGAUCCAUAUCCACUCCUUCGCCCAUGAUUUCCACCUGCGCACCGUCCAGGCCUACUUCCAUCGGCCCCAGAUGGGGUUCAAGUCCCGCUACCACGUCACCAGCUUCCUGGCAGACUUUGUCAAGUUCUACACGCCCAGGCCCAAGUUCUGUCGUAACCACGUUCACGAGGAACGGCAAGGAUUCUUGAGCCACAACACCCCUGCCCCUCUGCUGUACCAAUACCUGAUGGAACACCAUCCUACCAACAUGAAGCGACUCAGCAUGGCCAAGCCACCGAUAGCCCUGUGUCCAAACCCCCAGGAAGGUACUGCCGAGAGCGAGGAAGAGGAGUACGCCAUCGUCAGCCACCAGUUCAGGGUCUUAAAAGACAACAAAGGGAAUCGUGCAGUGGAUGAAUUUGACUGCAGUCUGGUCAUCUGCUGGAACAAGAGCGAGUACCAGAGCCAGACCCGGCCCAACUCGCCCACCCCGACGACCCCUGACCCCGCGGGCACCGGCAUGAUGACCCAUGAGGCGGCCCCCGCAGCAGACGCCAGCCCCAACCUGCUGAACCUCUGCUUCUACGUGAUCGUGACCAGCAAGCGAGAGCUGUACCCCAUCCAUCAAGGCUGGGCGAGGAAGUCGUCACGAUACAGCCUGACAGAGCUAGACAACCCACCUUGCGAGAACACACACAGUUACAUGAUCUUGAAGGAAGAGGUACAGCGAGCCAAGGAGAGAAUCAUCCACACAGUGCGGCAGGCCGCCAACAACUGCCGACGAGACACGCUGUGGAGCCAACUCCUGCAGGGCGAGACCAUCGAAGAGGGCGGAGCUGCUGCCUCCACCAGUGGGAGGAAGACCAAGAAGAAAGAGGGAGAGGAGCAGAGGGACGAUGCUCCCUUUUCCCGUAGGGUAAAGCCUGUUGGUGUGCCCGACGAUUUGUUCUACCACUCUCAAAAGCCGAACAUCCUGCGCAUGACCUACCCAGAGUUCAAGGUCCUCCUGGAUACAGUACACCAAGUGCCCCUCACACAGAUUGACGAGAAACUGGUCCCCCUGCUCAGUAAUGGUAUCACCUGGUACGAUGGCCUGCUCCGAUUCCUGAGGGCAAAGUUUAGCAUGAUGACUCGAUUCUUCACCAGUGAGGAUAGACUGGUCAGCCAUCUGGCCCUGGUCAACCCCAACCACACUGACAUGAUGGUCCUGCUGACGGUAGACAAACAAGCCAACAUGUCGGAGCUCGUUGCUCUGUACCGUGAGGAUCCAAAAGAGCCGGCCGAGGCCGGCGUGUCCAGCAGUCAACAGGUCAUGGCAACGCAUAGACAGGUGGAAAUUGUGGUCAACGCCGUGGCCUAUUACAUGUGGACCAUGAUAACGUGAGGAGCCAAGUCCAAAAUCGGGCUCUGCAUAUGUUAAAGAUGACACGAAAUGUUAUAUUGCACCUGUUCUUAAUGUCCUACCAAAAAUUCUCCUCUUUAUACCAGCAUUAUAUGCAUUUUAAAAACUAUUGUGUAUGUUUACUGCCAAAUAUAUUUGUCUACAUGUUUGUUAGUGGAGGACCACUUUGUCAUUUUGUCUGAUUGAAUCAUCUAUAGCACACCCUUACAUUUGGUAGUGAAGCAGGCUGCCAUUUUGAACUGGGAAGUGUAGUGCAAAACAAAUGGCGCGCGCUUUUGGUUCCCCGCUUAUUUUCGCACUGAUGCCUUUUACACACAUCAUUGUACGCAUGACAUAUUAAAGCCUAUUGGGGCAAUUUUAAAAUUCGAAAAUUGAGGACUGUUAAUGCAUUGAUAUCUUCAUAUUUUGUUAUCCUUUCCAAUUGAGUUUGGAAGAGCAGUAAUGUAGAAAUGCCCAGCAAUUCGUUCUUCGUCUUUAACCACUUGACGCCAGAUAACGUGUUGACAUACACAGUUUUCCUUAUUUGUUCCAUUAUAUGCGUCAUGCUUGGUUGCGUCAUAAAUAAAUUGCAAUUUUGAAGAAUUUGCCGAAAAAAAACACCUCAGCAGCUUUUCCGGGUAAGAAAAUCCGAUGUUAACUGGUUAACGCUUGUUUUAUGGGGCUUUACUGUAUAUACAUUUAUGAAAACAAAUCAAGCAAAUUGUGCUAAUGAAAAUAUUGCGAUAUUCCUAUCUAAUUGCAUAUAUUUUUGGUCGCAUUGUUUGGGAAGGGUAAAACUUUCCCUUGGUUCCUGUGAAAAGUGUAAAUAUUUUGAAAGAAUCAAAAGAGCUUCCCUGCGAACGUAUAAAAUGACUGCCGUGCUUUACACAUAGUGAUUUGGGUUUGGAGACCAUUCUUGAAGGGCUAAUUUUGUAGCACUUCAUCUCUACAGAAUCGCCCUUUACGGUUUCACUUUUUGGACAAAAAAGGGCGUUCUCUUUCCCUUUAAAGAACAACUACAGAAUUUGUGUAGACAGUGAAUCAUUUCCAACAGUAACUUUAUAGUGAUUUUACAUAGGAAAGAAAAGAUACAGGAUUAAUUUUCGUGGCAAACAAUUGUCAUUUCAAAAGCCAUUGAAUGAUUUUGUAUGCAAUAAAGUAAAGGAUGAAUUGAGUAUCUU